AUGUCUGAAGGAAGCGGAUAUCAAGGCAAGGAUCGGCAAUCACGAGGCAAAUCCCCUAGCGGCAAACCUGGUCAACAUUUUCAUCAUUCUCCAAGUCGGGCUAAAGCAAAAGACAAUGCACAAAAUGCGAGUGGUGGCAAUCAACCAGUUCAUCAUACUGCACAUGAACCGGGACAAUUACCUCAUUUUCAUCCAGCUGACAGAGCAGGAAAUAUAAAGAAAGAUGGAAGUCACUAUACAUAUCCAAAGUGA